GAUUGAUAGUGGUUUGCUUGGCCAUGGAAGUUUUCAGAGAGGGCCCCGAAUGGCAAGAUGACUCGGACGUAACAGGGUGCUUUUUGUGCCACUCCCAAUAUACGUUCUUUAACAGAAGACAUCAUUGCCGGAAAUGUGGUAGAGUGGUCUGUGGAUCAUGCUCUGAGCAGCUGGUGAGAUACUUUCCGAAUACAUAUGUGGUUAAUUCAGAUAAUACCUUGGGAACACUGAAUAGCUAUGAAUUCUAUAGAACAUGUGAUGAAUGCGCAGACGAAAUCAAUAUGAUUAGACGAGCUUUGUUUGGAUCUCCAGGAGACUCUUCGAGUCUAGUGGUGGGUGGUAGUGAGCUGGCAUCUCAGAAUAGUAGUCUUAUUGGUAGAAGUGACAUGAGUAUCAAUGAUGGGGAAAAUACCAGUUUAGCCAAUGAUAAUGAUAGUACUACAAAGUAUAGUACUAGAACCAGCACUCGUAUGGUAGAAUCUUCUACAAACUCUUCAAUUGACGUGCAGAGUCGUGAUAAUCACGGUCAUCACUAUCACUAUCAUGGUAGACAACGCAAUAGGGAUGAAGAUAGUGAUUUCAAUCUUUGUCCAGUCUGCUCCAAGAAUUUAUUGAAAAACUAUAUUAAGGAUCACAAGACAUCAAAUUCAGUGUCUGAUAUUAGUCAUGACGAUUUUGAACUGUACAAAGAAGCACAUAUCAGUAAUUGUCUUGACUCUUUUGAUUUCAAUUCAGAUACUAAUCGACUUGGGUCUGGUGGAGGAUCCAAAGCUCACGCAAGGAAUAAAAUGUUGGUGUAUAACAUUCCUCCGAUUCCAAUGCCACAGUUUGAGACAAUUCCAAAUAUUGAUGUUGGUUCUUUUGGGACUAUACAACAAGUUACUUCGCUGUCUUCUAUGAUCCCCCAAAUUGAUAAUGAAACUGAUAUCGCUGGAUCGGUUAAUUCAAACUCGACUAUUCAACCAUCACUUGAAAAACAGAACAUUUUCAAAGGUAUUGAUAAUGAAUGUGUCAUAUGCUUGGAAGACCUAAAACCAGGUGAUAAAGUUGGUAGGCUCGAGUGUCUCUGUGUUUUCCAUUAUAAAUGUAUUAAAGAUUGGUUUAAUAAGAAAGGAUAUGGUGAGUGUCCUGUUCAUUUCGUACAUCAAUGAUUUUCCAUUUUAUUAUUCUUUCUUUUCAUGACUUCACUUCUCUAUGAUUAAUUAUAUUUUUUUUUUAGUUUUGGCU